CUAGUUUGCCCUCAAGCACAGUGUGAGCCGGGUUGGCUCUAUAUGCUAGUUCAUAAAGUGGUGAUAUCGAAAAGUGAAGAGUGAAGACAACCCCAAAUGGGAAAAAGGGUGACCAUUCUUUUGGUCGCAGGUUUCCUCGUGGUCCAAAAUUUGGCCCAAUUGGAAUCUGCCAAAGCCAAAAGACAUCGACCCAAACCAACUCAACAGCCAAAUGUUCAUUCAGAUUUAUACUCGGAAUAUGAAGAUUAUUACGAGGAGUACGACGAAAGUAAUGAAACAUCUACAAUUGAAUCACAAACGGAACGAUCGCAAUAUGCAGAACCAGGAAGUUAUGGGCGAUCGAGAUUUUCGGAAUCAACGCCACUUCCGGUAACAUCGAGACCUGUUUAUUCAUCAACAUCAUUUGACCAUUCAAAUACAGAAAAUGAAAACUUAAUCUGCGAAUAUGAUGGAAUAUUUCGAAGACCUGGAGAGGAAUGGAAACCAAAUAAUUGCACACUUUGCAUAUGCAAUCGAGGAAAAUCUGAUUGUACUCAACUAAUUCCAUGCACAAUUAACGAUUCAGAGUCUUCAGAAAAUAUAGAUUCAAGAACAGAAGAGCCAGAAAAUGACCAAUCAUCGGAAAUCGUUCCUGGUGAAAGUAAUCGAGUCAGUUCUGUAUAUUCUGGAUUGCACGAUGAUUCUAUGUCGACUGCACGACCGUCACGUUCGGAUAUUCCUGUUCCUUCUCCUGAUGUUUCUAUGUAUUAUCAACAAUUAGCAAUAGCUCAAGCAAGUGACGAUAAAGGACCUUCAGGACCAGAUCCUUUUGCUUACAUACAUGCACAAACUGGACCUUCUGGUCCGCGUGGUCCUCCAGGACCGCAAGGGAUUCCUGGGCCUCAAGGAUUUCCUGGUCCAAGAGGAGAACCAGGAGAUACUGGACCUCCAGGAGUUCCUGGAUCGCUUGGAAGUAGAGGCUUACCGGGAUUUCCCGGAAAAGAUGGAGAAUCUGGAGAGGACGGGGAUACGGGAGCUCAAGGACCUCCAGGAAAUCCAGGUCCAAGAGGUUCCACAGGUCUGCCAGGACUUCCUGGAAUGAAAGGACAUCGAGGAUUUCCCGGUGUUGACGGAGCUAAAGGGGAUCAAGGUCCUUUCGGUGAAAAGGGUCCACUAGGUCCAUCGGGUCCAAUGGGACCAAUUGGACCAAUGGGAUCUCCUGGUCCUCGUGGCGAGAGGGGAAGAGAAGGACUUCCUGGAUCACCUGGACUUAGAGGAAUCGAUGGAAUAAGCGGACCUCCAGGACAAUCUGGUCCUGUUGGAAAAUCUGGAGCACCUGGAUUUCCUGGUCAACCGGGAGUAAAAGGUGAUCAAGGAACUCAAGGAACAAAGGGAAGUCAAGGUUCUCCUGGUCCAAGAGGAGAAACGGGACGUACUGGUCUUGUGGGCGAGGCGGGUCCGCAAGGACCACCAGGAAAAGACGGUCAACAAGGAGAGAAAGGAAAUGCUGGUAAUGCAGGCGCAGUUGGACUUCCUGGUUUUCCUGGAUCAAGAGGAUUACCAGGUAUGUCUGGAAAUCCUGGAACACCUGGCGAGAAAGGGAUUAAUGGAGAACCAGGAGAAAAAGGAUUCAAAGGUGAAACGGGCGUGAAAGGUGAUUCAGGAAUUCCAGGACCUCGUGGUUUACCGGGUGUCGUUGGUUCAGAGGGCAAAAAGGGCAAAAGAGGAAUGCGAGGUCCACCAGGUUCUGCUGGUCCACCUGGAGAACGAGGAACAUCUGGACCAAGAGGACUUCCCGGCAGUGAAGGUCCCAUUGGUCCCAAAGGUCUAACUGGAGAGAAGGGAGGAAUUGGUCCCGCUGGACCUAAAGGAAGUCCUGGAGAAAUUGGACGUCAAGGUCUUCCAGGAUUGCAGGGAGUGCGAGGUGGAACAGGAAGAGCUGGUCCUGCUGGAAAACAAGGACUUCCUGGAGAACGUGGAGUUUCUGGACCAGAGGGAAAAGUCGGAGAACAAGGACCAAUUGGUCCACAAGGAAUACCUGGUCCACUUGGACCACCGGGAGAAAAAGGAUAUCAUGGCGAUUCAGGAAAAGAUGGAGAACCUGGACUUCCUGGACAACCGGGUAUAAAAGGUGACACGGGUAAACCGGGUCCUUCAGGAGUUCAAGGCUUAACAGGAUUAACAGGAAAUACAGGUGAUAAAGGACCUCCAGGUCCAAUUGGUGCUCGAGGAUUUCAGGGCUUACCAGGAGCGCCGGGAAAUUCGGGAACGCCAGGAAAAGAUGGUGAAGUAGGACCGCGAGGACAAGCGGGAUCACCAGGAAGUACUGGUAAUAGAGGAGAACGAGGAGUUCCUGGAGAAAGAGGUCCUGUUGGAGCUGCAGGACCCACUGGUGCUAAGGGAGAAAUUGGAGCCCCAGGGGUUGACGGUCUUAAUGGUUUACCGGGUCCUAAAGGUGAAAGAGGAAUUUCCGGAGUUUCUGGUUUGCUUGGCUUGCCAGGAUUAAAGGGACCUUCAGGAGACGCUGGACCAAAAGGUGACAAGGGUGUAAUUGGUCCUCUUGGCCCUGAAGGUCCACAAGGACGUAUGGGUGAUCGUGGUCCACAAGGAUUGUCAGGACCAGCUGGACCACCCGGUGAACCAGCAGAGAGGGGAGAUCCUGGUGCACCGGGUCCUAUGGGCGAAAAUGGACCUCCUGGAGGUCCUGGCGAGAGAGGUUUACAAGGCCCUCAAGGUAAUCAAGGAUUUCCAGGACCUCCAGGUUUAAUUGGACUUCCCGGUGCUAAGGGAGAUUCUGGACAUUCGGGAUUGAAGGGUGAAAGGGGAAGUCCCGGUGUAACCGGCGCUCCUGGUGAAAUGGGUCCUCAAGGGAGACACGGACCUCAAGGUGUAAAAGGAUCUCGUGGUGAACCUGGUGCAAGAGGAGAAACUGGACCUCUUGGUCCACCUGGAAAUCCCGGAUUGGUUGGAUCAAUUGGACCUCAAGGUCAAAUUGGACCACCAGGAAAUCCUGGAAUUCAAGGUGUGAAGGGAGCUCCAGGCGAGGCAGGUCGUCAGGGAAAUCCUGGAUCAAUUGGUAGUCCAGGAUCACCAGGAUCUGAUGGUGCAAAAGGAGAAAGUGGCAAUGAAGGCCCAUCAGGAUCACCUGGAGCAGUUGGCCCUCCAGGAGUGCAAGGCGAUAGAGGGUUACCAGGAUUACCAGGCCUCUCUGGACCCACAGGAGGCAGAGGAUCCCGCGGAGUUCCGGGAGAAGUUGGUCCAAUUGGAAAACAAGGUCCUGAGGGACUUCCUGGUCCUUCAGGAAUAACAGGUCCCGUUGGUCCGCCUGGUCCUGUGGGCGAAGCGGGAAUAGAAGGACCACCCGGAAAGCCAGGAUUGCCCGGAUUUACUGGAAAACAAGGAGAAAAAGGACCUCCUGGUUUAAGUGGACCUUCAGGAAUUCCUGGUGCUCCUGGAUUACAAGGUGCACCGGGUAGUAUCGGAAAUCCUGGAUCUCCUGGAGAAAAGGGACCGAAAGGUGACACUGGAUUUCCGGGUUUAGAAGGAAUUCCGGGUCUCAGAGGAAAACCAGGACUUGCUGGUCCCGAUGGUGUAAAAGGAGAAAGAGGAGUGGAAGGAGCAAAAGGAUUGAAAGGACAUCGAGGUCUCAUUGGUUUGCAAGGAUUGCCUGGAAUACAGGGACUACCUGGUGAUAAAGGAUCUGCAGGACCACCGGGUUUGCCAGGAAAAGAUGGCGAGCAUGGUAUUAGAGGAAAUCCGGGUCGAGAUGGAAGUCCAGGUCUUUUGGGACCAAUUGGAAAUCCAGGACCAAGAGGACCUUCUGGAGAAGGACGUCAAGGACCUGCAGGUCCUCCGGGCCCACCUGGACCACCAGGACCUCCUGGAGAUGGAAGUUUAGGAUACGAUGCGGCUUCACUUGCCGCCUAUUUUAAUAUGGGUCAACAACAGGGUUCAAGUAAAGGGCCAGAUUCACCUCUUGGCGAUGAGCCAGCGAGAUAUUUUGGCAAUGAAAUGACGAUUGAUGAGAAAAAAGAAUUUAUGUCAAAAAUGCAAAAUCGUUUAGAGGAAUAUGUGAAAAAAUUGACAAAGCCCAAUGGUGAGAAAAAUUCACCGGCCAAAACGUGUAGUGAUCUUUUUGCUACAUAUCCUAAUAAAAAAUCAGGUGAGUAUUGGAUUGAUCCGAAUGGAGGAGAUACACAAGAUUCAAUUUUGGUUCAUUGUGAUGCUGAGAGACGUGCAACUUGUUUAUUCUCAAAUCCAAGUCGAACUGCAGAAAUUAAUCACAUUGGAGAAGAACAAGAAGUUUGGCUCAGUGAAGUAAAACCCAGUAUUAAGGUGACAUAUAAAGCCGACGGCAAUCAAAUAAGUUUCUUGCAAAUGUUAUCGAAACAUGCCGAGCAAAAUAUCACUUAUCAUUGUAAAAAUAGCAUUGCAUAUUUUGAUUCUGAACGGAAAAACUAUAGACGAGGAUUAAGACUUUUGGCCUGGAAUGACGUCGAAUUGGCACCAAGAGGAAAUAGACGACUCAAAUAUGAUGUCAUCACGGACGAAUGUCAGUCUCGAGCAAAAAAUUGGGCCAAGACAAUAAUUACAUAUAAAACGGAAAAGCCGCUCAGACUUCCGAUUUUGGAUGUGGCAAUGAGAGACAUUGGAAAGGAAGAUCAAAGCUUUUGGAUAGAAAUAGGACUCGCUUGCUUUCAAUAAUUUUGUAUUGAUAGAAUUUAUCGAAUUUCUAUUUUUUUUUUUUAUCUAUUAAGAAAAUAGUUGAUAUUUUAAAUAAAUUAGAUGUCAAUUUUGUUUUUUAAUUUAUAGUUUAGAACAAAAUGUCAAAAUUUUCGAUUAAUAUAAUCGAUUUUUAAAGUUGAUAAUCAUAUAAAAAUUAGAAAUUUCCUUUAUUCAAUGUAAGAAUACAUUUUAAAUUUGUAAAAUUUAAAAAUAAAACUGACAAAAUUUAUUUUUGACAUCAACUAUCAUUUGGAUGAUAAAUUGAAAAUUUCCUAAAUUUAAUUAUUAAAUUACUCAGUAA